CUCGCCCACUUUGUUUGCGCUUCCUCGUGUCGAGGUUGGGUAUUUUCCCGCCUCUUUUCUGUGGUCCAAAAUUAAUUUUGGACCACUUUUGCUUCCGCCGGAACUCUACAAUUAUCUCACGACCUCACAUGGAACACCCGUGCGCUUUCUUCAGGUGUAACUCUCCCGGCAAGACGCCUUGAAGUGUUCUUUCUACCCACCAGUAGCUUUCUUCUCGCAGGGCAAAUAUUAUGAAUGAGAUCGCGUACAACAAGGUACAGGCAGACGGCGCGGAGAGACAGAUCCGUGUUCUGAGGUGGACCGUCGCGGGUCUGUUUGCCGCUGUUGUCUGCCUGACCGGGGGUUUUGUCUACGUGACCGUAACUCUCUUCAACAAACUGGACAGCCUGGAGCGGGCAGGGCCAUGGACGGGACACGACAGGGGAGGGCUGACACCGGGUUCUAGUCCCGGGGGCACGGGUUCUAAUCCCACCAUUCAGGAGAUCGUGACAGAAAUCUUGAAGAACGAAACUCUCUGCAGGGAAAAACAUACAGACCACCACAGAAGAAGAGAGUUCGUGCCACAGGGUCCGUUCACCCUGCAUAAUGACACCAGUCAGACGUACCUGGCCAAACCCAUGGCGCACCUCACGGGAAAAUCCGCCUCAGGCCGCCACACUAAGAGGCAUGGCCGGGGAGAAACCAUGAAGAUCCAGACCUGGGAAACUCGGCAGGGCCUGGCCACCAUCGCCAACGGCAUGUCACACAGGGACGGGGCCAUCCGGGUACCUGUGGACGGACUGUACUAUGUCUACAGCCAGCUGUAUUUCCGGCACGUGCGCCCCCAUGCGGACGACGGGAGUCCUGCAGCAGACACAGGUGACCAUCAGCUGCUGCACUCCACCUACAAGAAAAGCGCCACCUACCCGGAAAAGCAGGAAAUCAUGAAGAGCGCUAGAACAAGAUGUUGGAGCAAAGACAGCCAGUACGGUCUGCUGUCCAGCUACCAGGGCGGAGUGUUCCAACUCCGGGCGGGGGACAGGCUCUUCGUACAAGUCAGUAACGUGGCCAUGGUCAGCUUCGAGGAGGCGGCCAGCUACUUCGGCGCCUUCAUGAUAUAGAGCGUCAGCGGCCAUGUUGGUGUCCCUGAUUUGCAUACAACUUGUAAGUGAAUCGUAGCGUUAUUCUUAGACAGUUGGGCUUUUCUGACACUACGAAAUAGCAAAUGUUCCAAGCUCACAGAACCAGGCUUGAGAGACCAGGAGAAUGCAUCAAAGCUAGCUAUGAUUGACUUUAUGCAAAUUAGGACACCAAUAUGGCGGAAAGUCGGCAACGUCGCCUUGCUAUUUCGGCGCCUUUGUGAUAUAGAACAUUAGUCGCCAUGUUGGUUGCACUGUUUGUAUGUUAGUACUUCGUAGCUCAAGUUUUCUGACAGAGCAUGGAGUUAGAAGGACAAGGUACUCUUUUCACAAGAAAAGAUCGUUGAUUUUUAUUUCCCAUAUGAUGCACAAUGUAGAACUAUGAUUUGAAAGAAAAAAACAUACCAGCAAUUCGAGAGGCACUUUUCAGUAAAACAAAUGUUAAAAAUCGGAAUAUUUCUCUAAGUAGAGAAAUGUCAGGCAGUAUUGGUCCUUUUUUACCAAGUUUUGUAAAGUUUUGUAAAUAUGUACAGAAUUCCUAGAAUUUUAACAGCUUAUAGAAGCUUUUCUAACUUCCGUUCUUUUGAAUGACAAGCAUAUCUUUCUACUUAAAUAGUCAAGAGCAACCUUGUGUAUAUUAUGUACAUACAUUUUAAUGCCAUUCUAGUGUUCAGGGCUCUCUUUGUACCAGCUUUUAUCUUCAAUUUAGAACAAUUUAGCUACAUGGACUACUAAAAGUAUUAGUCUAGUAUAUUUUUCAAUAAUUACAAAGAGGAUAUGUCCAAAGUGUGCAUGUACCACAGCUGCUAUGCCUACACUGCCAAAGAAAUACAUGAUACACGCUUUUAUAUCAUUUGUACGGAUUAACUUGACCAAAUAAAACAUUUCGUACAUGGAA